UCAACAGUGAAACAACAGAAGGUCGGCCACCUCCGUAGCCGAAAACAUCAAAUGUUUUUAGGCUGUUUUGAUGUACAUUGGUCACUGUGUUUUAAACAUAUUGCUGUUUUGUUUACUUGUUGGUCCAUUUAAUGCACUAUUUACGUUGUUUGUCAGGUAGCUGGCUUGCUAAAUUAGCUUUGCACUAGGCUAAUCGCUAAUGCUAAGUAGCUAGCUAGUUAACAUCCCCGAUCAUGAGUUCACUUCGCUACUCCACUCCUGCUGAAGAAGAGGGGGUCUGCUGGACGGAGAAAGAAGAGGCUGUCACAGUUAAACAAGAAGUAGAGGAUGAGGCUGUUACUGUGAAAGAAGAAGAGAAAGAAGUUACUGUGACAGAGAAAGAAGCUUUCAGAGUGAAAGUGGAGGAGGAAGGAGUUUUCAGAGUGAAAGAGGAGGGGGAGAUUACUGUCACGUUGAAAGAGGAGGAGGAAGGAGAGGAAGAGGGGCAGAUUACUGUCACGUUGAAAGAGGAGGAGGAAGAAGAGGAAGAGGGGCAGAUUACUUUCACGUUGAAAGAGGAGGAAGGAGAGGAAGAGGAGACGGGAGAUCUGAGUAAAACCACAGGAGAGCGACCAGACUCUCACUCUGACAGCGGGGAGAGUCAUUCAGGGGAACCAGACCCAGAGACGUCCAAACCAGCGAGACGACACCACUGCUCCCAGUGUGGAAAAAGUUUUAACCGAUCACAACACCUGAAAUUACAUGAGAGAACACACACAGGAGAAAAGCCUUACCACUGUUCCCAGUGUGGAAAGAGUUUUAGUCAGUUAGGGAGCCUGAAAGGUCAUAAGAGAACACACACAGGAGAAAAGCCUUACCACUGUUCCCAGUGUGGAAAGAGUUUUAGUCAGUUAGGGAGUCUGAAAAGUCAUAAGCGAAUACACUCUGGAGAGAAGCCUUACCACUGCUCCAAAUGUGGAAAGACAUUUACAUGGUUAGUGGGCUUGAAAAUGCACGAGAGGACGCACACAGGAGAGAGGCCUUACCACUGUUCCCACUGUGGAAAGAGUUUUAGGUUGUUAGGGAUUCUGAAACUGCAUGAGAAAGCACACACACGAGAGAAGUCUUACCCCUGUUCCCAUUGUGGAAAGAGUUUUAGGUGGUUAGGGUCCCUGAAAACACAUGAGCGAGUACACACACACAAAAAGGAAAAGCUCUACCAAUGUUCACUGUGUGGAAUGAGUUUUACCCAGUUAGAAGCCUUGAAUAGGCAUGACAGGACACACACACGAGAGGAUAAGCCCUACCACUGCUCCCAGUGUGGAAAGAGAUUUAACUGGUUAAGGCAGCUGAAUAAGCAUGAAAGAAUACAUACACAGGAGGAGAAGACAUACCACUGCUCUCAUUGUGGAAAGACAUUUUCCCAGUUAGAGGACCUGAAAUCACAUGAGAGAAUAGAGAGCCUGUGUUCUGACUUGAGUUUUUGACUGAUCAUUUGUGUUUUUGUCUAAUCCUCAUGCAAUUAAAACAAUUUUGCUUUUUUUUGCUUUUUUUCAUUUUGAGACAUGAUCAUGUCUAAUAUCAGAUUACAUAUUUUAAAAUGUCUAUUGAAUUUUGAUGAGCUUUGCUUGAUUGAUUUGAUACAAGUAUAAACCCUCUGUUGUUCAUCAUAUGCUUUUCAUAUUGCAAAAAUGUACAUAAAUAUAUAAGUAAGUAGCUGUCACGUAGAGUAGAGCCAGAAGGCCAAACUGGAAAACCUAAACCUCAAUCACAAUAAAAAAGAUGGCGGAGAAGCAAAAGGUC